AUGGGCAAGCACAUCGCAGCACUAGCACCAGAGAAGCAGCAGACGCUCGCUCUCCAGGAGCGUGACACCCCCGAGCCUGGCCCAAAUGAGAUCCUUGUCGAGGUCAAGGCCCUCGCCUUCAACCCCGUCGACUUCUACCAGCGUGACUUCGGCUUCCCACCAGUGCCAGCCUACCCGGCCGUCUUUGGCUCGGACGUAGCUGGCAUCGUGACCAAGCGUGGCUCCAACGUUAACGGCGGCUCGCCACCACCAGGCUCCCGUGUGGUCGCUUUCGCCUCGUCGUUCUACCAGAACGGCAACCCCAACUACGGUGCCUUCCAGCGUUACGUCUUGGCUCAGGCUGAGGGCGUCACUGCUCUGCCAGAGAACAUCAGCUUCGAGCAGGGUGCUUCUCUGCCACUGGCUGUUCUUACAGCCUUGACCGCCUACACCACUGUCGGCAUCCCCCUCUCCACCAGACACACGCCAGAGGACAAGCAGGCCAUCAUCAUCUGGGGCGCCGCAUCCAGCGUCGGCACGCUGGCCGUGCAGUCCGCCAAAUCGCUCGGCUUCACUGUCUACGCCACCGCUAGUGCCAAGAACCACUCUUAUAUUAAGGAGCUCGGCGCCGACCACGUCUUCGACUACAGCGACUCCAACGUCGCCGCGUCGAUGAUCGAGCAGAUCAAGAAGGAUGGUGUCAAGAUGCAGACGGCCCACGUUGUCUGCACGGGCGGUCUUGAGCCCACUUUGGAGAUCCUGAAGGCGACCAAGGACAGCAGCGUCCCAGCCAAGGUCUCUCACUCCCCCCUUCUUCCAGAAGACCACCCGACCUUGGACAACACAGAGAUCAAGUUCAACUUCCCUUCUAUGGACAAGGAGGUUCGUGAUGCUCACAUCGCCGACAGCUUCCAGGGUUGGUUGGCCGAUGGUCUCAAGGCUGGUACCGUGGUGCCGAGCCCACCGGUAGAGGUUGUUGGCCAAGGGUUUGAGUCCGUGAACAAGGCUUUGGAUGCCGUGAAGGCGGGUGUCAGCUGCAAGAAGAUUGCCAUUUCCAUUUGA